AAGAAGAAAGAAGGAGCAAAACCCAUCGUCGUCUCCUCAGAGAAAUUAUGGAGAUCGUAAUCGUAUGGACGAUGGUGGAGCUCCUACUAGCCUUCAUUCUCAUCGUAGCCCUAGCUUUCAUCUCUGUAGUCUUCUUCGAAGCUCAUCGCCGCCGUCACAACAACGCGCACGUCGAAGCUCCGGCGAUCUUCAAAGACCCCAAGUCGUUGAAACAGGUUGAAUGUCCCUCGAUUUACGAUCCUGCGGAGAAGUAUCUGUCUUUGAUUAUUCCUGCAUUCAAUGAAGAGCUCAGGCUUCCAUUGGCGCUUGAGGAGACAAUGAAUUAUCUACAACAACGUGCAGCCAAGGAUAAAUCAUUUUCCUAUGAGGUGCUUAUUGUUGAUGAUGGUAGUGUUGACGGGACUAAAAGAGUAGCAUUUGAAUUUGUAAAGAAAUACACUGUAGACAAUGUGAGGUUUAUUGCUCUUGGAAGAAAUCAUGGAAAGGGGGAAGCUAUUAGAAAAGGAAUACUUCAUUCAAGGGGUGAACUACUUCUAAUGCUGGAUGCAGAUGGAGCAACAAAGGUUAAUGAUGUAGAAAAACUUGAAAAACAGAUUCAUGCAGAAUUUAUGUGUGGGGACUCACCUGCUAGUAAUUCAAAUUCUAAAAUAUCUGAUAUCCCAAUUGCUGCAUUUGGUUCCCGUGCUCAUCUCGAGGAGAAGGCCUUGGCUUCAAGGAAGUGGUACCGCAAUUUCUUAAUGAAAGGUUUCCAUCUUGUGGUUCUUCUGGCUGCUGGUCCUGGAAUUCGUGAUACUCAGUGUGGUUUUAAGUUGUUCACUAGGUCUGCUGCAAGGAAACUUUUCACUAAUAUCCGUUUGAAGAGGUGGUGCUUUGAUGUAGAAUUGGUUUUCCUAUGCAAACGGUUUCAUAUUCCUGUGGGUGAGAUAUCUGUGAACUGGUCUGAAAUUCCUGGGUCAAAGGUGAACCCAUUAAGCAUCCCAAAUAUGCUUUGGGAGCUUGUGCUGAUGUCUGUUGGAUAUAGAAGUGGUAUGUGGAGAAUUUCCAGCUGAUUGCGUAAUUCAAGUCAAACUUGUUCAGAAGCAUUGCCAUCUUCCUGGCAUCUAUACGUCAGCAGUAGAAAUCAGAUAUCUCCUUUAAUACAGCCUCAUGGCCUCUGGUUCUUUUGCUCCCGAGGCUUUCACAGAGAUCAACUAUAGAGUUUUAUACUUUGAUUCGGGAUGCCAUUAUCUAACAGUGAGAUUUUAGUGAUGUAAAAUCAAUAUGGGGCUGCUGUUUUCUUCCUCUAA